AACCCUUUAAACCCUACACGGAACAAAAGAAAAUCAAAGCUUCAAUCGAGAUUCAACAAUGGCCAUCUCCAUUAGACGAGCUCUCCUUUCUUCUAGAAUCCUCUCUCGCGCUCUCGGAAUUGCAUCUGUUCGCUCAGCCCAGACGUUCUCAUACUUAAACUCCUCUUCUAUCGUUAAUUCCCAUGAUUCUGUUGUUGUCGAUGGAUUUUCGAGUUUACAAGCGACGGAGUUAUAUCAGUUUACUUCUAAGAGGGGGUUCGCUAAAGCAAGGAAACGUCAAAUUAAGGAAGAGAAAGAUGAUUCGGAAGAAGAGGAAGAUGAUGAGGAGGAAGAUGAUGACGAGGGCGUUGAUUUAGGGGUCUCUGUCAAAGCAAAUGCCCUCUCCCAGAUGAAUGCAGCAGUUGAUGCAUUGUCGAGAGAAUUGGCCAAAUUGCGCACUGGGAGAGCGUCAGCUGGGAUGCUUGACCACAUUAUGGUUGAACAUUAUGGUGUUAAGACGCCCCUCAACAGAAUGGCUGUUGUAUCAGUACUGGACCCAAAGACGCUAUCUGUUUCUCCUUUUGAUUCUACUGCUCUUAAGGAGAUGGAGAAAGCCAUAAUGUCAUCUCCUCUUGGCUUAAAUCCCAAUUCUGACAGCCAACGUUUGAUUGUACCAAUACCUCCAUUGACCAAGGAGCACAUGCAAGCUGUAUGUAAGGUGGUUGUAAAAUCAUCUGAAGAUGUGAAAAAAAGCAUUAGAAGAGCACGACAAAAGGCACUUGAUAGAAUUAAGAAAGCAGCUCCAAAGAAGGAAUCAAAACGAUCUGAUAAAGAUAAGGAUGCCUCAAAGGAUAAAGCCGGUCCAUCAAUAUCAGAAGAUGAUGUGAAAAGAUUGGAGAAAGAAAUUGAUGACUUGACGAAAAAGUUCAUUAAGUCGGCUGAAGAUAUGUGCAAGGCCAAGGAAAAGGAAAUAAGAGGAGGCUGAGGGGCAAGUCAUUUUGUUUAGUCAUCGUUAGAGGAAAUGUCGCAGUCCCUUUGAAUAAAACCUUGUGAUGGUGAAGGAUGAAUGUCCGGUAGCUGUGGUGCUAGGCGCAGAGUAGGGAUAGCGCUUCACCGUGGAAGUAAUGAUCUUAUGUGAGUUAGUCGUUCGUGUUGGGAUUGUGUCUAUAAAACUAGUGAAGCGAAAGAGAGGCUGAUCACCAUUCACCAUAUAGUUCUUUGAUGGAUUUAACCAUAUAAAUAUUUCCACCUACGAAUAACGAUAUUGUGUUAUUAUUGCUCUUUUGAUAUAUGUUAUUGAACUCUCAUCGUUUCAGCAUACACAAA